GGGGAGCCAGCUUCCAUGAUGGAAGAAGAGGGAGCUGAGCCCUCAUUUCUCCUGCCCCUAAUUCCCAAGAGAAAAGCAGGAACAUUUCCUUUUUGUCAUAUUUGUUAAAAGGCUACUGGUGUGUUUCUUAAAUCUAACAGGGUUUUCUUUUGGGUGUAUUUAUUUAUUUUUUUUUUUGAGACAGAGUCUUGCUGUUGUAGUGGAGGCUGGAGUGCAGUGGCACUAUCUCCGCUCACUGCAACCUCCGCCUCCCAGGUUCCAGUGAUCCUCCCACAUCAGCCUCCCAGGUAGCUGGGAUUACAGGUGCCCGCCACCACGCCUGGCUAAUUUUUGUAUUUUUAGUAGAGACAGGGUUUCACCACGUUGGCCAGGCUGGUCUUGAACUCCUGACCUCAGGUGAUACGUCUGCCUUGGCCUCCCAAAGUGCUGAGAUUACAGGCGUGAGCCACUGUGCCCGGCCUUGGGUUUAUUCUUUAUAUGUUUGUUUGUUUGUUUUGAGAUGGAGUCUUGCUCUUGUCACCCAGGGUGGAGUGCAAUGGCACGAUCUCGGCUCACUGCAACCUCUGUCUCUCAGGUUCAAGUGAUUCUCCCGCCUCAGCCUCCCAAGUAGUUGGGAUUACAGGCGCCCGCCACCAUGCCCGGCUAAUUUUUGUAUUUUUAGUAGAGACAGGGUUUCACCAUGUUGGCCAGGCUGGUCUCGAACUCCUGACCAUCCACCUCAGCCUCUCAAAGUGCUGGGAUUACAGGCAUGAGCCACCAAGCCUGGCCUAUUCUUUAUAUGUUUAACCAGAGCUUCCCUUUCCCCUUCCAGGAGGUCCUGCUUUGUCCUUCCUUUCCCCUUCCCUGCAGCCUUCACCAGCUCCAUCACUCCUUAUUUCUGUUCCCUGUUCCUCUGGUCCUGUUUUUGGAAUAAUUUGUCCGAGAAAUUUACAUAUAAUUGAAGUGGGACUAUUGGAUUAUCAUGUAAGAUGAUCCAGUUUUGGUUUUUUUUUUUUUAUAAGGCUGCCCUGUUUCUCUGUAAUAUGUCUGUCUGGGUUUUGUGUUGGCAUCCUCUGGGCUGCAUUUAUCUUGUUUAUUACCCUUCAUUUUCAGGAAGCAUGGUUUUGGUCCCGAGAGCAGCUGUUUGAAGGAAAAAUAAGGCUAGGUCCUUUUUUAGUUUUCUGUUGUGCGUAUGGGUUUCCAUAACAAACCAAUUUUCGUGUAUGUGUGUGUGUGAAGCAGUUUUUGGUGGGUACUUAUGUUGGUACAUAGAAAAGCUGGCAGGUAGACUCCAGCUCGCAGAGCAGAGGGAGAGGAUAGUCAUCUGUUAUUCAAUUUUUUCUCAUCGCAUUCUCUUCGAUCAAAAUUGAUCUCACCAGCAACUUAUUUUCUAACUCCUCCACUGUGCUGAGUAAUUCCUCCACCCUGAGUCUUCAGGGUGACAUUCGGUUAGUAUGCCCUGUAUGUGUGUGACUGCCUGUGGGAAUAGAUGAUAAAAAACAAGUGUCUUAAGAAUUACCUUAUUACAUUGCUUCCUUUUUUUUUUUUUUUUUGAGAUGGAUUCUUGCUCUGUCGCCCAGGCUGGAGUGCAGUGGCGCGAUCUUGGCUCACUGCAAGCUCUGCCUCCCAGGUUCACACCAUUCUCCUACCUCAACCUCCCGAGUAGCUGGGACUACAGGUGCCCGCCACCACGCCCGGCUAAUUUCUUUUUGUAUUUUUAGUAGAGACAGGGUUUCACCGUGUUAGCCAGGAUGGUCUUUAUCUCCUGACCUCAUGAUCCGCCCACCUCAGCCUCCAAAAGUGCUGGGAUUACAGGUGUGAGCUACUGCACCCGGCCUACAUUGGUUCCUUUUUAUCUUGGAGAAUUUAAUUGAAAGAUAUUUUUUGAGAUGAUAAAGUUCACUAAUCUUAGGUGACUGAUAACUGUUAUAAAUGGAUUUCCUGUAAGGAGAGUAUGUCUCCCCCCCCACCCCCCACCUCGCUGCCACCAAGACAGUCUCGUUCUGUCCCCCAGGCUGGAGUGCAGUGGCUUGCUCUUGGCUCACUGCAACCUCUGCCUCCCAGGUUCAAGCGAUUCUUGUGCCUCAGACUUCUAAGUAGCUGGGACUACAGGCACACACCACCACGCCCAGCUAAUUUUUGUGUUUUUAGUAGAGACGGGGUUUCAUCAUAUUGGCCAGGCUGGUCUCAAACUCCUGACAUAGUGAUCUGCCCACCUUGGCCUCCCAAAGUGCUGGGAUUACAGGCGUGAGCCACUGUGCGCGACCUGAAUACUUUUCAUGAUGGCAAAAUCUAACCGGCAACAGAAAAAAAACCAAUGUUUUUAAAUUUACUGACCAGAAAACUUGACUGAGAGUUGAAUUAAGUGCCUGUUGUGUUUUUCAGUGAAAUGCAAAUCUUACAGAUCACUUCUUACACUUAGGAAUACUGCACUUGUUUGUGUAAUAUUAGAACAACUGUAGUUUUCCUAUCUUAGGGCAGAGGUUCAGUAUUCCAUGGGGAGAAAAAAACAGUAAUUACCUUUGUUACUCUUCUCCUUCUUUAGAGGAAUAUUCUAGCAUAUCCAUUAUAUCCAUAACUUCUUAAAUUUGUGACUUGGGUGUCUUCUAAAAAGGCUCAGGAUGAUUAUUUUUUCCUUCAGUGUAUGCUGAAUUUUAGGUGCGAUGGAAGAGGUAUCCAAAGUGAUACUCCCUUUGACUCUGAGCAUCUGUUGCCUGUGUUUCAGUCACUUCAAGCUGAAUUCAUGUGGCCCUCAAUGUAAGUGCUGUGUCCAGACACAUCCAAAUGAGCACCAAGCUGGAAGUUUGUGAACACUCUGGAGGAUGCCCCAGCUGUUGUAAUGCAACAGCAUACCUUGAAAAAAACAGUAGCUCCCAAGGGACUCAGCAUGGCUUGGUCUUCGAAGUGUUUUGUUUGUGUAUUCCUAGUCCAGAAGUAAAUUCUGCUUUAACAUAACUGUCAGGUUUGCUACUCGAAAUUUGCACAUAACUGGAAGUGAAACGAUAUCUUUCUCAUAUUUUUUGGCCUAACACCUAUACCUGUGGAAACGUAACACUGUAAAUACAAUUCUUAUAAAGCAGCAGGUUAUGCUCUGUUUGCCUACAUGAUUUAUUAACCUUCUGCUUCCUAAAGCCAUUACUGGUCAAUCAGAUACUUUUAGACUUUACCACAGUUAUAAAAGUCGGCUUGAUGUAGUAAAAAAAACUUGUCUCUCUCUGACUAACGUAUGAACAUAGGAGAAUGCCAGUCUGAAUUUAUUGUUUGAAACAUAGAUUAGGCUCAGCGUGGUGGCUCAUGCCUUUAGUAAUCCCAGCACUUUGGGAAGCCGAGGCGGGCAGAUCACCUUAGGUCAAGAGUUCAAGACCAGCCUGGCCAACAUGGUGAAAUGCCGUCUCUACUAAAAAUACAAAAAUUAGCCAGGCAUGGUGGCACAUGCCUGUAAUCCCAGCUGCUCAGGAGGCUGAGGCAGGAGAAUUGCUUGAACCUGGGAGGCAGAGGUUGCAGUGAGUGGAGAUCGCACCAUUGCACUCCAGCCUGGGUGACAGAGUGAAACUCCGUCUCAGAAAUAAAAUUUAAAAAGAGACGUGAUCCUGCUAUGUUGCCCAGGUUAGUCUCAAGCUCCUGGGCUCAAGCAAUCCUCCUGCCUCAGCCUUCUAAGUAGCUGGGACUACAGGAGCAAACCACUAUGCCUGGCAGGAAUUACUCUUAAAAAAGAGUUUAUGUUGCUUGUAUUCAUUUGAGAAAAAAUGAGUUGAAGAAAUGGUAACUGUUGGUCAAAGAAGCCAAAAGAUUUAAAUAAGGUCUUGUGUGUGGGUAUGUGUAUGUGCAUGUAUUUAUUGAAGAAAAUAUGUUUCAAUUAGAGAAUUAGAAAAUUGGAUAUUUCAUUUUAAUUAUUUAUUUAAAGAGUAGAAUGUUCUUCCAUUAUUGAAUCUUAUUUUAUCCCACCAAAUGGCUUAACCUAAUUUGUGCUGCCUAUUUUGGUUAAGAAACAGGGAAACACCCUAAAAUCUGUGAUAAUUUUCAAAAUACAAUUUUAAGAAGCUUUGCGCUUACAUAAAUCACAAGAAGAAAUACAGCUGGAAAUCAUUUCACUUUUCUUGCUGUAAAUUUUUUUAGUGGGUUUGUGACAGUAUAAAUUUUCUUGCUAGAUGCUAAUGAUACAUUGUAUUAUCUGUAUUAGGAAUUAAAUAUUUAAUAGGAAUAGUGAAUAAAUUGAUCUGCUCUCAUGCUGUUAUCUAAGAUCUUAUGCUACCAUUACAUUCUUCUGUAGUCGCAUCUCAUAUAUGAAAGGUCUCAUGUAAAUAUUUGACUUGCUGUAAAAUUAUACAAGAUAAAAAAUGUAGAGUUUUAUUUUUCUUCAUCUAGAAUGCACAGAAUAACUGCGUAAGGAAUGGGUGCAUAGGGCUUCUUUUCCUUUUAAAUUUGUACUGCUAAAUACACCAAGGAAAUUGACAUCAAAACCAAAUUCAAGGACUUCCACAGACAUUUCAGGUCAAUUUUAGUUCCAAACCGAAGAAAUCUUUUAAAAGUUCUUAUAUAGCCCAGUUUUCUUUUCUUGAUGAAAUGUUAACUAGACACCUGGUUAGUCAGCUUUUAUUUUGACCCCACAGUUUUUUUUUUGAGAUGGAUUCUCACUCUGUUGCCCAGGUUGGAGUGCAAUGGUGUGAUCUCGGCUUACUGCAACCUACGCCUCCUGGGUUCAAGCGAUUCUCCUGCCUCAGCUUCCUGAGUAGCUGAGAUUACAGGCGCCUGCCACCACGCCCCGCUAAUUUUUGCAUUUUUAGUAGGGACGGGGCUUCACCAUACUGGCCAGGCUGGUCUCGAACUCCCGACCUCAGGUGAUCCACCUGCCUCGGCCUCCCAAAGUGCUGGGAUUACAGGGGUGAGCCACUGUGCCCGGGCCCCACGCUUUGUUUUUAUGUUAGGGCAGUUGGAGGAACUGAACUUUGAUCCUGAUCCCUUAUAUACUCCCAUGGUGAAACUUGAGCCCAUUUUACUUAACACAUAAUAUAUCUGUGCAUUAGGAAAACUUGGUAGAGAAGAUUAUAUGCAGAUAUAAAAUAUCUAAACUCAUUUGUUAUGAACCAACGAUAAUGAGGGAAAACUUGGACAUCCACAUACAGAUUUUCUUGAAUUAAAGAAAAAAAACCAGACACUGACAAAGGAGAGUUGAACUGAGAAACGGUACCCUGAAAACUGCAGAAAUGAGGGAAAGAGGCAGUUGGCCACAAAGAACUUUGUUUGUCCUUUUCAGAGAUCCCCAGAGAAGCCCUGCCCCCUUCCCCCCACCCCCUGACAGAAUGUUGGGUUUCAAAGAAUGAGCAGAUUAAUGGAUAUCAAGUUGUGUGGCCCGAGCUGAGGAUAAAGAAUAAUUUGCCUGAGUUACAGUACUGGCUGGAUCACUACAGGCCUUCUACUUGGAAUAUCUUCCCAUGAAAGUAAAAGGAAUAUAACUAAGGAAGAUUAAAGUUGUUGCUGUUGGAAGGAAGACAUACUAAAGAAACUGCCGAAGGCCAGGAGAGAAGCAGGAAGAGAAACACGGCUUGAAGUUCUGUAAGAAUCAGAGCUGGGCAAGAACUGCCAAUAAGGGAGCCAGUGUAGAUCUGAGACUAACACCUGAGCCUCCGAGGGUUUGUGUGCGAGAGAGAGCUCUGCUGAUGGACAUAGGCCCAGAAUCAUUAACUGAUUUAUUUGGGCCAUGUCACUGGUGGCAUUAUUAAAAGACUCUGCCAACAUCCUGCUUUCUCUAUGGAAAAACCAAGUGGCCUUGGAAGAGGCUAAGAUAAAGUUUCAAACUUGGGCUCCACAGAAGUGGAACUUGAGGCUGGGGCUAGUACCAGGACCUUCAUGUAUCAGGUUAGAGAUUUUGAUGCUUUUGGUGAUUUUUGUGCCAAGCAUGUACUGUCACCUGGGAUCAAUCUAUUACUCUUUCUAUGAAAUAAUUAUUCCAAAGAGGCUGACAGUCCAGGGAGGAGAUAGCCCAGUGGAAGGACUGUCCUACUUGUUACUUAUGCAAGGCCAGAAGCACCUGGUUCAUCUGAAGGUGAAGAGAAACCAUUUUGUGAAUAACUUUCCAGUCUACAGUUACCACAAUGGCCUCCUGGGGCAAGAAUCGCCUUUCAUCUCACAUGACUGCCACUAUGAAGGCUACAUAGAAGGAGUGUCAGGUUCUUUUGUUUCUGUCAACAUCUGUGCAGGUCUCAGGGGCAUCCUGAUUAAGGAGGAAAAAUCUUACAGCAUUGAGCCCAUGGACUCUUCAAGACGGUUUGAACAUGUGUUAUACACCAUAGCACAUCAAGCGCGAGUCUCCUGUGGUGUCACUUCCAGAGACAGCCAUGUGGUGUCUACUAGCUGGCAACAAGGGAGCAGGAAGCCUCAUGAUCUACAGGCGCUGUCCUACUUGUGGUCACACAAAAAGUACGUGGAGAUGUUUGUCGUGGUCAACAACCAGCGGUUCCAGAUGUGGGGCAGUAAUGUCAAUGAGACUGUCCAGAGAGUAGUGGAUGUCAUUGCUGUGGCCAACAGCUUCACUAGGGGAAUAAAUACAAAGGUGGUGCUGGCCGGAAUGGAGAUUUGGACCGAGGGGGACCUAAUAGAUGUCACAGUGGACUUGCAAAUCACACUCAGGAAUUUCAAUCACUGGAGACAAGAGAUGCUCUUCCAUCGUGCAAAACACGAUGUUGCCCACAUGAUCGUUGGGCAUCACCCUGGACAGAAUAUGGGCCAGGCCUUUCUCAGUGGUGCCUGCUCAAGCGGUUUUGCGGCAGCUGUUGAAUCCUUCCAUCAUGAAGAUGUGCUGUUGUUUGCAGCCCUGAUGGUCCAUGAGCUCGGGCACAACCUGGGUAUUCAGCACGACCACUCGGCCUGCUUUUGUAAAGAUAAGCACUUUUGCCUCAUGCAUGAAAAUAUCACAAAAGAAAGUGGCUUCAGCAACUGCAGCUCUGACUACUUCUACUAGUUCCUUCGAGAACACAAAGGGGCCUGCCUAUUUAACAAGCCAUGGCCCAGGGGCCACAAGCGUAGGGAUUCUGCCUGUGGAAAUGGUGUGGAGGACACGGAGCAGUGUGACUGUGGUUCUCUAUGUCAGCAUCACCCAUGUUGUGAUGAAAACUGUAUACUGAAGGUGAAAGCAGAGUGCAGUGAUGGUCCAUGUUGUCAUAAGUGUAAAUUUCACCCUAAGGGAUAUCCUUGCUGUCCUUCUAGUCGUUCCUGUGAUCUCCCAGAAUUUUGCAAUGGUACAUCUGCAUUAUGCCCCGACAACAGGCAUAAGCAAGAUGGCUCAAAAUGUCAUAAAAUUUACGAGUGCCUUAAAGGUCAUUGUAUGGACCCUAAUAAUCAGUGCUUACAAUUAUAUGGAUAUGGUGCAAAAUCAGCCUCACAAGAGUGUUACAAUUCAAUGAACAGCAAAGGGGACCGAUUUGGAAACUGUGGCAUUUCUACCAGUCCUGGGUCACAAUAUGUUCGGUGUUCAGAUGGUAAUAUAUUUUGUGGGAAAAUUAUAUGUUCAGGUAUUACAGGCUUACCAAAAAUCAAUCUCCAACAUACAAUGAUUCAGGUCCCUCAGGGAGAUGGCUCAUGUUGGAGCAUGGAUGCCUAUAUGAGUACUGACAUUCCUGAUGAAGGAGAUGUGCACAAUGGCACUUACUGUGCACCAAACAAAGUCUGCCUAAAUUCCGCCUGCACAGAUAAAACCCCAGUGAUUUCUGCCUGCAACCCAGAAAAAACGUGUAAUGGGAAGGGAGUUUGUAAUGAUUUAGGGCACUGCCACUGUAAUGAAGGGCAUGCCCCCCCUGACUGUGUUACUGCAGGAAGUGGAGGUAGUGUGGACAGUGGCCCUCCUGGUAAGCUAGGUGGGACACCUUCAGGAGAAGGUGAAGAUCACAAUAUGACUCAUUCCAGACGUGAAGAACGUGCUGUAGACAUGAUGAUAUUAUCAUUCAUUAUACUUUUUAUAAUAUUAUUAAGUACAAUUAUUUGCUUGAUCUGCUUGCUUAAAAAAUCACCAGAGGCUGCCCCAGCAGAAGCUUCUCCAGCAGCGGCUCCACCACCGGCCCCAGAAAUAAAGCCAGAAGCAGCAGAAGUGGCCACAGAAGAAAAAGAAGAUGAGAAGGAGGAAGAAGAAGAGGAGGAGGAGGAAGAAGAUGAGGAAGAAUCAGAUUCCUAAGGUUAGAAAUAGGGAGAUGAAGCCAAGUAUAUCAAACUCCUCAAGCACUGAGUGGGAAUGAGAUGUUUGGUGAAGUAGAAAUAGAUAGUUUUAGUGGCUCUGACUCAGAUAUACUAAUGUAGAAGGAAGGAUUCUUUCACUUUUAUUAUUCAUUUUAGUAUAUUAAAUUUACAUUAAUUUAAUAUGUUAAAUAUUUUAGUACCUUUUGCUUUUUCACAUUUCAUUUGAACCAUUAACAUGCAUCUUUGGACAUCAAUGUCCUUGUCUUUUUGGCCCAAUUGUUUUAGUCACCAGAAACUUUUUCAGGACAUGCUAUCUUCCAUUUGUUUGACAUACAGAAUCAUAUGUACCUGAAUUUAUUACUAUCUCUGGGAUUUUCAUUUUAAGUAACAACCACCUAUUAUGUGAGGACAGUUGUUUAUGUGAUUGGUUGUUCUAACUUGCCCUAUAAAUGUGCAUUCAUCAAAGGAGAAGUUUUUAAAUCCAAAAACAAAUAAAACCCAAUUCAUAUUAGACAACUCUUCAGGUUCCACAUGGUAUAGUUAUUGAGUCCACUUUAUUCUGGGGGCACUGUUGGAGGGACUAUAUCAAAGUAGAAGACCCUGAUUGCCUGUAGGUUAAGAGGUCAGCAUUGAGGUCACCUGCUUUCCAAAUCUGGCAGAUGUUUAAUAUGAUAUAUGUAUAUUUGAUUUAUUACUUCCCAAUAUUUCUAGAUGCUUCCUAUAGCCAUCCUCCCUUUUUACCUAAAAUACUUUUUUUCUUCGAGGCCAGUUUUUUUUUUUUUUUUUUUUUUUUGAGAUGGAGUCUUGCUCUGUCACCCAGGCUGGAGUGCAGUGGUGUGAUCUCAGCUCACUGCAACCUCCGCCUCCCAGGUUAAGUGAUUCUCCUGCCUUAGCCUCCCGAAUAGCUGGGAUUACAGGUGCAUGCCAUCACACCCGGCUUAUUUUUGUAUUUUUAGUAGAGACGGGGUUUCUCCAUGUUGGCCAGGCUGGUCUCAAACUCC